UUUGCGCUCUCUCUCUGCUACUCGUCUUCUACUGCUAUUCUGCUAACAUCUUCAGCCUCUCUCGAAUCAACGGCACAGGCCACAAUAAGGCUAUAGGAAUUUGUAAUACAUUCCAUCUAUGGAAACUGAUAAGUGGGCAAGUUUUGUGGAAGGAACUAGUGAUUCUGAAGGUUAUGGGGAGGAUCUUGAUGAUGAUGACAUUUGCUGUGCAUAUGCAUCAACCGAUAUACCCCAGUUGCAGUGCAGGAAAGAUAUUUCAAGAUCACGGUGGCUUGACCAGUUUGGUAUGGCUGAGGUUGUGGAGAGGAAGGGUGGAUUGUGGACAACUACUGGUAUAGUUCGUAAUGGCAAGAUAUACUGCUUCAUUGAAGAGAUUUUAUAUCUUGCUGAAAUUGGGGCUCUGCAUCUCUUAGGUAAUGAUGAUGCACCCCUUUCUCUGGAACACAUAUACAGCAAGGUUGCAGAAGGAAAAAGUGGAUGUUCCUUGGAAUACUUUGAAGCAUAUAAGCACUUGAAAUAUCUUGGUUAUAUAGUCGGGCGUCAUGGUAUUCCUUGGUCAGUGAGAAGGUCAAAAGUAAAUUGUGCUAUUAACCAAGACUCGCUGGAGACUGCUCAAACUGGUGAUGAAGAAUCAAGAAACAACGUUCUCAUCUCUGAAAUGUUUAGUAACAUGCAAAUUGGUGGACUGAGACUGGCUUUUGACGUUUACCCUCCUAAUAGCAGAUUCAGAAAGUCUGUUCCUGGUGAUCCCUAUUUUGUACUUUGCCUUGCUAGUGAGUAUCCACCUUCCAAAGAAGAAAUCGAAGAUCUUGAGAGACAUUCUCAUGGUAUUCCUUUGAAAUUCUGUCUGGUUGAGCAUGGGCGUGUGAGCUUUUUCUCGUUGAACAAAGUUGAGCUUCCUAUCCUUUCAUGAUCCCUUCGAGCAAUGAAUGCAAAUCUUGGCAUGCCCUGAGAAGAGCUAUGGUACAAUUAUGGAUUUUAAGUUUGUGGAUUGAUGUUUCAUUUCACCAUUGUGUAAUUGCAACACAUUAUUCAGACAAGAGAUAUAUUUGACUGAUGAAGGUGGACCUUGUCUCCUCUGUUAUACAAGUCUUAUGAUGUUCUCUUCUCUUCCCUCAAAUGUUGUUAAAGCUGAAGGUUGAUAUAUGU